AUGGAUGAUCAACAAAUUCAUGAAAUUCAUAUUUAUACAGAACCAUUGAAUGCGCAUUUGUUUUAUUAUUUGUUAGAUGAUGGAUCGAGUUUCGAUAAUAAUUGCGACAAAUGUAAAGCAUCAAAUGAUCCAAAAAGCAUUAAGAUUUGCUGCGUUUUUUAUAGUAUGCUAAAUGAAUGGGAUGCAAUUUUAGAUGAUUUAAAAUUAGACAAGGAAAAAUGUUGCAAUUAUUUGAUAUAUUGGCUAUAUGGUAAAUUAAGUGAAAAUAAGUUCAGUGCUAUAACAAUUCAUGAUCUUUAUGACACAUUUAAGAAACUUUUUACAAAAAAGUGUUCUAAGGGUGCGGAAAACGAUCUUUAUAAAAUUUUUGUAAAAUCAUAUGAUAUGAGUGUGUUAAAAAAUAAGAAACACUUAUAUGACUUUAUAGAACAUUUUAGCAGCAUAAAAGAAUUAUUAGAUAAAGUUGAAAAUGGUGAAAAAAAAAAAAGAGUUUGUGAGUAUUUAAAAUAUAUUAUAAGUUUAUACCAAAAAGUUGAAAUGCAAAAUGGUAGAAAAGAGUACUGUCCAGAAUUAAUUAUUUUUGAAGAAAAAUUUAAGGAUAAAGGUGAGUUAGAUUUAAUAAAUAGUAAAUGUAAUACUACUUUGAAUUUAAUAAUCAACGAAAAAAAUACAACAUUUUGUGCAGAACAAGAUCAUGAAACAACAAGCGUACGUGGACACAAGAUUGAGACAACUUUUCGUAAAAAAAAAUUCACUGACAACACUUUAAAAGAUGUCCCUUUUUAUAAUUUAUACCAUGAAUACAACAAGAAUGAGAACACGGAGAAGUAUAAAGAGUAUUGUGAGAAUAUAUAUAACCUAUAUGGAAGUAACAAUGAAGUAUGUAACCUGUGUGAAAAACUUUCAAGAAACCUAAUAUAUGUGUCUAAUUUAGAAAAUGAAGAAAAACAUAAUAUUGGGUGUUCUUAUUUUAUUCAUUGGGUAUAUGAACAAGUGUUGAGCAUAGAAAAUAUUAAAGCAAAUUAUGAAAAAGAUAAUCCUGUAAUCAUUGAACUUUAUAAGGUAGUAAACAACAUUAACAUGAGAGAAUUUACUUACAAACCUUGCUAUGUGUUUUUUGAUUAUACAUUAGAUGAAUGGAAGGAAUGGAAAAUUCUUCAUGAUUAUUUUAUGAAUUAUGAUUGUACUAUUGGAAAAAAGGAUGAACCGAUUAUGGACAAGUGUAAAAUAAAAUGUGAAGAUUUAUUCAAUAUUAAUGAGCUUUAUGGAAAAUAUAUAAAUGAGAGUUGUACUUAUUUUAGCAAUAAAGGAUAUAUUAACGAGAGACCAGAAUAUUUUAUGUGUGAUGAAAAGUAUAAUCCAUAUAAUCUCUAUUUACAUUUGAACUGCAAUAACGAAAAUUCUGAUAAUAAUUUUAAAAAAGUAGAUUUACCUGAACCCAUUGAUUACUAUUCUAAAUAUAUAACGGAGAAAUCAGAAAAGGAAUAUUUGUUAUAUAAAAAUUUUUAUAAAUCUAGAAAUACAACGAUAUUAGGUGAUAUUUCAGAAUAUGACCCAUUCUACCCUAUUACAUUGUCUGCUUUUGUCCUAUUAGGAAUGUCAUUAUUUUUUUUCAUAUUUUACAAAUUCACUCCAUUUAGAACCUGGAUACACAGGAAGAAAAGGAGUAAUAAAAAGGUUUAUUAUAAUCAUAACCUAAAAUAUAAAAAAGAGAUGUUAGAUCAAAGAUCAAGAUCGAAACAGAUAAAUUCCCAAAGGAGAAGAGUUAACAUAGCUUACCAACAUAGUGGAGAUAUAUUUCGCUAA